UGGACUCUGACUCAUUGUUCUUUGAUCCUUGACUCUUGUUCUUUGUGCUUGGAUUUGUUCCUUGUCCUUUGAUCCUUUCAUCACCGUUGCCUUCUUAUAUUUCCAAGUACUUUGUUGUUUUUCCUUCCGCUGCAUAUUCACCAUGGUGAAAGCUCCUUCUUCUAUGCGUCCCUCUCCUCAAGGUUCUUCCCCCGUGUUCUCCUCAAGUCUGACUUGUAACUACUGCAAGAAUCCAGGCCAUAUCAAAGCAAAUUGUUACAGGUUGGUUGGUUUUCCAGCAGGCUACUUUGAUAGGCCCCGACCUCAGGACAACAAACCCAAGGGAAAGGCUGCAGUGACAAAACCAGAUCACACCAACUUUGCUGGUAAGGAUACCGCAUCCGUAAGUUGCGGUGGUAAUGGACCUCCUCACCAGGGAAAUAAUCGGCAGGGGUUAUCUGAGGGGUCGACUAUUUCAUCUGGAUUGCAUGUUCGCCGGAAUGAAGCCGGAGAAGGCAGUCCAAGCAGCUUUGAUUUCGACUGGGGUUACUAAUCAAGUUGAAGAAUUAUGGCUAUGGCAUCGGAGAUUGGGACAUCCUUCCUUUAGUGUCAUGAAGAAAUCUAUGCCAUCCUUGUUUCUGGGCAUUGAUGAGUCUAAGUUGCAUUGUGAGUCAUGUGUCUUAGCUAAAAGUCAUCGUACUAGUUAUCCUUUGAGUACUACUAGGAGUUCUUCU